AUGUUCUCUUCUCAAUUCUCAGUUCAGUCGAGUUCGACGGGCGCAACAGGAAAGUUGCGUGUAACGUCGCAGUCGCAGUCGUUGCCACACCCACAGCAGGUACAUUACGUGGAGUGCCGCCCAUUACCGGCAAUCAACGAGACAUUUGCACAAUUUAGUCAACAUCGCUCGUCAAUAUCGCUGCUGUCGCCAUUGGAUUUAUCCUUGAGAACGACAUCGAAUAUAGUUCCAAUUACGCCACCAUCGACGCCGUCGCCUCCGAGGAAACGUCAGAGAUUAAUGUCCGAGGAGAAUUAUUUGUGGCGGCCGCAUAUGGCGACAUUGCCACCGCUGCCACAUGCUGCACUGGUCAUGCAACCACCAGCAACAGCAACAGCAGCAGCAACAGCAACCACAAGUUAUUUUCAUCAUCAUCAGCAACAGCAGCAACCAACUCAAUUGGGGAGCAAUUGUUACGGCUUGAGGGGAUUCGAGGGGGUAGCCAGCUAUGAUAAAAGUAAUUUUCAGCAAAUUCCGGCGAGUCAAUCGAGUGUGGCAGCAAGUCGAACGUCCAGCAUUUAUGUGGCAGAUGAGACAAUUGUGUUGACCGAGGACGAGGAUGAAACAGUUGUCAGUUCCCAUGACUACAAUGACUAUGCCACGGAUACGGAGAACGAUGAUAAUGAGCACGAUAACGAUAACGAUGAUAAUGAUAAUGAUACAAUACAAGUCAACGAUGAUGAUGAUGAUGAAGAAGCUGAGACCGCUGUCGCAUCACCAGAGCAACAUGAUGAUGAUGAUGAGGAGGAAGUAUUUGUGGACAUUUUAAGCAACGAUGAUGAUGAAAAUCCUUCGCAAAGCCUACAGACUCAACUCUUGGAAACUAAGGCACUAAAGCGUAAUGAACUGCUCUAUGAGGAUGAGGCACUGCAUCAUCAGGCAGUCGAUGGUUUGGCCAAACUCUUUGAUCGUGAUUUCGGUCAAACCAACAAAGAAUCCUCUGCCCCUGUCGAGAUCAUUACAGUCGAGGAGUCACCGCAAUCCGAGAAAGUCUACAUGGAUUUAAGUGGAAAUGCCCCUUCUCAAUUACCACCCCCACCACCACCACCAGCACCACCUCUAGCGAAUUCCCCGCCCCCACAUUCACUACGCAAACAGAAGACGGAACGUAAACGCACCAAAUUAAGAAAACAUUCGGCCAUCGAUGAGGAAACAAUUAGUCCUGUGUCCGGCACCAUCAUCCGUAAGCUGCGGGACGAUGAGGAGCUUGUGGUGCGCAAAGGUGACAUUGAUCCGGCUUUCAAUGUGGUCGAAAUCACCGAGGAGGCCAAGGCCAUCUUGGCCAGCAUCGAUAAUAAGAUUGGCGACUAUUUGUGCCAGCUUUGUCGCACCGUCUACGACGAUGCCUUCAUGCUCGCCCAGCAUCGAUGUCCUCGCAUCGUGCACAUCGAAUACAAGUGCUCCGAGUGUGAAAAGGUCUUCAACUGUCCGGCGAAUUUGGCAUCGCAUCGCCGCUGGCACAAACCCAAGUCGGAGAUGCAAUCCGGCAAGAAGCGACAGAGCAGCAGCUGCAAUGAAGCCUCCGGCAGUGGCACAGAAUCCCAGAAAACAACCGGAGAUGAAGCCAACGAUGGCAUAUAUCCUUGCCAGCAAUGUGGCAAGACCUUUCGACGUUAUGCCUACCUUAAGAAACAUCAGGCUUCACAUCAAAUGUUGGACAGUCUCAAGAAUAUGGAAUUCUUCAAUGCCCAGCAGCAACAGCAACAACAACAACAACAUCCACAGGCGCCACAACAAGCGGCAGCAAGUGGUUCAACCUAUGUGCUGCCACGCCCACCACAUGGCAUACUUUAUCCCACAGCAACAGCUAAGAACUAUGCAACUCCACAACGCUUUCCAGGAUUCCCAUUUCAGGCCUUCGAUCAGCGACGCUUUUACUCCCUGGGCGAAUUGUAUCUAUCACAGCAUCUGGAACGCUCCUCGGCCUUUCAAUAUGUCCAUGCCAAUCAUCUGAGGCAGCUGUCGAAUGUGGCACACACCAUGUUGCCGCCGCUGCCCGUCAAAUGACCCAGCUCCAAUGUGCUGCGUCCUGUGCCGCGCAUUGCAUCCACAGUCACGUCCACGGCCACAUCUACAUCCACCUCAUCUUCGAGUGCAGCAGCGACACCGUUGGAGUUGCCUCCAGUUAACUGGAUGCUUCCCAUGCCGUCGGCAGCUGCAACGGACGCAGCAACUGCGGUGGCGCCACCAGCAACAGUCGCUGGCGGUGUUGUUGGUGUUUAAUUUGAUUAGAUGUUUAAUAGAAUUCAAUAAAAUAUACUAGUUAAAGUUUACCAUUAUCCAAAAAA